AUGGAAUUCGAAACAUUGAUCAAUCCACCCGAAUCAGUAUUCGAACAAAUUGUUUAUUGGACAGCAAAAACUGAAGAUUGGGUAGUUCAAUUGACAGAUUAUAAAUAUUGGUCAACAAGUUUUGAUAAGUUCUGGUUGUUUACAGUGGUCGAGAAAGGUAGGUUAACUCAAUAAUAUCUGAAAAUGUUGGAGUUCUGGAAGAGAAAACCAAAUUACAGUACCUUUUUGUAUUAAAAAAGGACGUCCUUGGUUGUUUGGGCCAAAUCGGUUCAGAUUCAAAAACUCUCUAUUAUUUAGGAACCACAAAUCUGGUUGCUUCGUUGUCUUUGGCACGUUGGGAUGUUCCAAACGACACUCCACUCUAUUCUAUUGGUCUAUUUUAUUGUCUCGAAAAAUACCGUGGACAAUCGAUUGCCAAACAACUUUUUCAGAAAGCUAUGGAUAUUGUAGGAGAUAAUAAUGCAACUCUUACCGGAUGUAAUUUUUUUUUUGAAAAAAAAAGAUUCUUUAAUUGAUUUGAAAGAAAAAUCCAAUUUUUGCAGCUGUGAGUAUGGCUGACAAAUAUGCAUCGGUUUUUGGAUUCGAUAAAGGUCCGCAUUUUUGGCACAAUUUAAGUUCUCUCAAGAUUGAACAAUUGGUAUUGCCGGAAAUCAAUAAUGAUCAAUUUGUUACAAAGGUAACGUUUUCUUCAAAAACAAAAAACAAAAUGAAUCUAAAAAUCAAGUUUUUCCAGGACUGGUCUGAGGUUGAUCCAGAACUUCUUAAUACGUAUGACUUGACAAUUUGCUCCAGAAAUCGAAGAAAAAUCCAAACAGAUCGGUUUAAUUUCGAAAAUUCGUUAACAAAAGUGGUUUUCGAUCUCAAAACAAAUCAAAUUGUUGGUUAUGCAACAAUCCAAAAACUUGUCUCAAAAAAUGCAUUAUUAGCAGCCCCAUUUUAUGCUGAUAAUCUAGAGGCUGCAAAAGUUCUUCUUUCCGAUCUUCUUCAUCAAUUUCCACUUCUUUUAUCUCAUAAAUCGAUUUCAUUCAUGAAUCCAGCUGUGAAUCAAGACACAAUUCGGUGAGUCAUAGAAAGUUUUCUAAACCCCGUUAAUUUUAUUUUUUAAGGUUGCUUCAAACAUUCGCUAAAACUCCAGAAGACGUUCAAUCUGUUCGUUCUUUCAAAAGUCAAUUCACCAAAAAAUUCAUUCAAUCACCAGAUGAAAAAGUGUACUCAGUCACUGAUAGUGCACAUCAAUUUGUAUAG